AUAAUGAAGAUCUCUCUCGGGAAGUUCGGAUUGAAGCACUGUGACUUGCCGACGAUGUUUGAUAAUGUCAACUUCUUUUUGCGCCUCGUAUCUGUCAAUAUUGAUAAAAACUGUAAUAAACGAAUAUCAAUCUUGAGCCAUGUACUAGUAGUCUUUGCCGCUAUUUCCUACGUAUAUAUUUACGUUUUCUCCAUGAUCUGGUUUGUAUUCAUCCGCUGCAGACAGACGGGUGAUAUUACGGCUGCGGCUGUGGUCUUCUCGCUUGGAACCAAUAGUGAGACCUGGGCUACAAGGCUGACGUUCAUGUUACUCUACAAAGAAACUGUACAAGACAUGGUACAAAAAUAUCUUGAGUGUGAUUCUAAAGUUAUUCAAGGGACUCUAUUCUAUAUCAACUUGAAUAAGAGACUUGUUGACAUUAAAAAACGGGUGAUGAUGGCUUGGGGUUUCUUCGUAGCAUUAGGUGUAUCGUAUGUUGCACAACCUCUUCUAACGCCAGGAAGACAUUUUGCGGAGGACCUUUAUGUGGUAUACGGUCUGGAGCCAAUGUUUGAAUCGCCAAAUUACGAAAUAGCUCUUAUCUCAGAAUCAGUGACCGUAUCAGUUUGUAUUUUUAUAUUAGCAAAUAUUACCGCAUUUAUUGUACUCUUAAUGGGAUAUAUCGAAGCACAAAUGCUUGCUUUGAGUGACGAGAUGGUGAAUCUUUGGGAUGAAGGGGAAGAAUAUUAUGAAGACUCGAAAGAAACAAAUGUCAUUUCAGCAAAAGAUCAUUUGAAGACGAAAAUUAUUAAUGAGCACAUAGCAAAUCGUCUGAAAGAAAUUAUAAUUUUCCAUAUUACCAAUAUCUCUCUACUAAAACAAUUUGAUGGAAUAUUCCGAAUAACUUUGGCUAUAGAAUUUGGGCUAAUAAUCGUUGGGAUAGUAGCAGAACUUCUUGGUCGUUUGGAAAAUACGUACAUAGAACUACCUUACACGUUUAUUCAAAUGUUUAUUGAUUGUCUGAUCGGUCAGAGAUUGAUUGAUGCAAGUAACGUCUUCGAAAAGGCAGUUUAUAAUUGCAAAUGGGAGAAUUUUGAUAAAGCAAAUAUGAAAACUGUUUUGCUUCUACUGCAGAAUUCACAGAAACCGCUAACUCUUACUGCUGGAGGUUUGACGACGCUGGACUUUGUAUGCUUAAUGUCUGUAAUAAAAUCAACGUAUUCAUUUUACACAACUUUAAGGUCAAGAGUUGGUUAA